AUGAGAAACGCUGUGUUUUGCUGUAGAGCUAUGGUUCAAUUAGGCGUGACUCAUCAGCUUCUUGUGAAAUUCAGAAUACAAGUUCUUCUUCUCCGCAAAGGGCAAUCGUCGGCACCAUACGUCACCGUCUCUAUCUUUGGCCUCCUUCUCUCUGUUUCAUCUCUCGUCUUCGUAUAUCACCACCGCAAACCCUCUCAGCUCAUCUCCUUCAAUGCGUUCGUGAAAAUGCAACGGGUGCACAUAACUUUCAUCGCGACAACCAUGGAUGCUGAGACAAAACCUUGGUUCACUCGCUAA